AUGGGCCAUGACAAUGUAGCAGGGCAGUCAUCAACCCGUGGUGCCCCUAUAGUGGUGUCUUUGCAGUCAGAGAGCCAUACUCUUGGUGACACGGGCACUGCGGCAAAUGUUCCUGGUCCAACCAGGACUGAGCUCGGAGCUGGUGCUGUGCAAGGAGAAGAAGGAGAAGAUGAGGCUGGUUCUCAACCGAUGGAACCCUAUGUUGGCAUGAGGUUUGACACCCUUCAAAUUGCUAAGGAUCACUACAACAGCUACGCCCUAUGGAUGGGUUUCUCUGUAAAAAGGAACACCUCUAGGCGGACAGCUCGCACAAAUGUAUUGGUAAAACAGCAGUUUUGCUGUAACAAGUACAAGAAGCCAAAAGCUGAUGAUGGAGGAGCUGAGGCUCCUCGUGUCCUGGACCAUAUACCAGAUCCAAAACCUAUUGACAGUGAUGAGGAGAUGGAAGAUGAACCUCCAAUAUUUGCUAAAGAGGAGGCUGAGUUCUAUGGAUCUGAGAUGAUGGUGCCGUUCGGACCAAAGGCAAUAACAAAUCUGUGUACAAGUUUCCGUAGAGAUGACACAAAGGAGGGUGACAUGAUUGAGACAAUUGCGCACUUCAAGGAUAUACAAAAAACCGAUCCAGACUUCUUCUAUAAGGUAAAAUAUGAUGAAGAGGACAGAGUUGUCAACAUAUUUUGGAUGGAUGGCUCAGCUCGAAAAGCUUAUGCGGAGGCGUACCACGAUUGCAUAUCGUUUGACACCACCUACAUGACCAACAUGUACAAUAUGCCGUUCGCGCCCUUCAUCGGAAUAAACUGA